AUGGAUCAAGGAUUAUUCUCUCUACUCUUUCGCCGCUUGAACCCAUUCUUUGAGAAUGGUCAAAACACUGGUCCACCCGCUCCUAAAGCAGGCCUUGACUGGGAAAAGCUGGACAUGACCAACCACAUUCCCGUCAACGGCCAUGUUGAGGUCAGAUUCCGCCAGUCCACGCAAUCGUGGAGCAGUCCUGUCCUAGUCAAGGGAAACAAUAUUUCCGUCUCGGGCAUCUCUCCAGGUCUCAACUACGGUCAGCAAUGCUACGAGGGUCUAAAGGCUCUCCGUCAAGCCCCAUCUGCACCAGACGAUGAGGAGAGCAUUGCUAUCUUCCGGCCCACCUUCCAUGCUACUCGCAUGGCAGCAUCUGCCGCUGCGGUCUGCCUUCCACAGGUGCCUGAGGAGCUCUUCUUGGAGAGUGUUCGCUUGGCUGUCGCCUCGAAUGCUGGGUAUGUCCCGCCAGUAGAGUCUAACGGCUUCCUCUACAUCCGACCCGUGCUAUUUGGUGCCUCUGAUGGCCUGCCACUCAAGCCUUGCGAGGAGACCGUUUUUGCUGUAUACUGCCAUCCUGCUCGAGCCUACCACGGCGUGCAUGGGAUUAAGGGCGUCGUAUGCGAGGAGUUCGAUCGUGCGGCUCCAAGGGGAAUGGGCCGGUUCAAGGUUGGAGGAAACUAUGCACCGGUUUCUGGAGUGGAAAAGGUCUGGCGACACGCAGCCAAGGCCAUGAAGAUGGGCUUCCAUAUCACAUUGCAUCUUGACAGUGAGACGCAUUCGCUAGUUGAGGAGUUUGCUACCAGUGGCUUCAUUGGGCACAAACUCAUCGAUGGCCAGGAUGUGCUUGUCAUUCCCAGGUCAGAAAACGCUAUUAAAAGCGCAACCUCCACAAGUCUCAAAGUUAUCGCAGAGAGAGAAGGCUGGAAAGUUGACGAGUCUCCUCUCCCAUUUUCUUCAAUUGGAGAGUUGGAUGAAGUUAUUGCUGUUGGUACUGCUGCCGCAGCCGUUCCAAUCGCCACCAUAGAUCAACUCUCUACAAAUAAACAAUAUACCUUCAAGGCUACAAGCGACGGGAAGCUCGCUGGCCUUGCACAUAUAAUGCUCGAUAUUCAACGAGGGAGGCGCCAAGAUGUUGAUGGCUGGAUGUGCAAGGUUACAGGCUUUUAG